ACUUUUCAAUUAAUGAGAGAAAGCUUUUUAAAGAACAGCAGAGAGUUUUGAAAUGAGUUUAAAAUAUUUCAUCAUAUAUUCCACUAUCUCAUUGAAAAACAAAGUUCACACUAUAACUCAAUAACUUGUUUUUUUUUCUUAAACAUUUUCAUAUAAAUUUCACAAAUUAUCUGGGAUUUAUCAUUAGUAUAACUAUUUAAACUAAUAAAGGUGUUUGUGAAGUAUCAAUCGAAUUGCAAUAAAUAUGUUUUUAGUUGUCGGUACUUUAAUAAUUUGUCUUUUAAUUACCUUGACUUUUUAUCUUUAUCAACAUUAUACCUACUGGAAAAGACGUGGGGUAUUACAUGAGACCCCUUUACCUCUGUUUGGCAACUUCUGGGGAGUGGGUAAGAGCAAACAUUUACGUGAUGUUAUGAAUCGUUUGUAUGGAAAAUUCAAGGGAAAAGCUCACUUCUGUGGAGCCUAUAUGUUUAUAACCAAAACGGCUCUUAUACUGGACUUGGAUUUAAUAAAGCAUAUUUUGAUUAAGGACUUUUCCAAUUUUCAUGAUCGUGGAAAUUUUCACAAUGUGAAAGCAGAUCCUUUGACGGGGCAUUUAGUUACCCUGGAAGGUGAGGAAUGGCGUGCUAUGAGAACAAAAUUGACACCUGUCUUUACAUCAGCCAAAAUGAAAUAUAUGUUUUCCACUGUGGUUACAGUGGGCAAACAUUUUUCCCAGACUUUAAAAGAAGAACUUAACCGAAUCCCAGAUCAAGUAUUGGAAAUCAAAGAUCUUUGUGCUCGCUUUACCACCGAUGUUAUAGGUUCCUGUGCCUUUGGCAUUGAGUGUAAUAGCCUUAAAGAUCCUAAUGCUGAAUUUAGAACAAAAGGACGUGCUAUAUUUACAGAAUUUCGUCAUGGUCCUCUAGUACAAAUGUUUUUGAUAACAUGUCCUGAUUUGGCGCGUAAAUUAAAUAUGAAAUUGUUUACCGAUGAGAUAAGUGAUUUCUUUAUGAAUAUAGUGAAACAAACCGUAGACUAUCGUUUGGCUAACAAUAUUAAACGUAAUGAUUUUAUGGAUUUGUUAAUAGAAUUAAAACAAAAAAGUAAUAAAAAUGAGAACAAAUCCAUUCAUAUUGAUUUGUCGCACGGCUUGACUUUAGAACAAAUGGCUGCCCAAACAUUUGUUUUCUUUCUAGCAGGUUUUGAAACUUCCUCUACCUCCAUGUCAUUUUGUCUUUUUGAAUUGGCUAAGCACAAGGAGAUACAAGAGAAAUUAAGGCAGGAGAUUGUUAAAACCAUAAAGGAUUGCAACAAUGAAAUUACUUAUGAAGGUGUUAACUCAAUGGUGUAUUUGGAUCACGUGAUAGAAGAAACCUUACGUAUGUAUCCGGUCGUACCAAAUUUGAUACGUAAAGCUAUACACGAUUAUAAAGUCCCGAAUACAGAGCAGGUGAUUGAAAAAGGUACUAGCAUUAUUAUACCCAUCUCUGCCAUCACUAAGGCCGAAUAUUAUGAUCAACCCAACAAAUUCAAUCCUGAUCGUUUUUUGCCCGAAGAAAUAGAAAAACGUCAUAGUUGUGCCUAUAUGCCUUUUGGAGAUGGACCACGCAAUUGUAUUGGUGCUCGUUUUGGUAAAAUGCAAACGAAAUUAGGUUUAAUUUCUCUACUGCGUCAUUAUCGUGUUGAGUGUUGUGAUCGUACCGAAAUGCAAAUUGAAUAUGAUAUGAAAACAUUUUUAUUAUCGUCGAAACAUGGUAUUCAUUUGAGAGUGGUGGAGGUGUAAACCUUGUUUAUAGUUAUAAAUGUGUUUGUAUAAAAUUGUAAUUAAAAUUAUAAUAAAUUUAAUUAAAUUAUACGUUUUGGUUUAGGUUUCAAUAAAAUGUUUUUAAUUUUUACAUUA